AUGAUGUGUUCCACAGCGUCACAGCGCUCCACUCUACAUGGUCCCUGUGUGACGAGAUUUCAUGGAAUAUUUGGAAUUGAUCAUGCCCAUUGUUUCGCAUCGGAAAUUUGGCCUCCAUCUGCAACCUCAUGGAUUGACAGAUGUCACCCAUGGCCCCCGUCCCACAUUGUUGAUGACAUAGUGAAAAGUGGAUGUCAUUUUGUGGCAAUUGGACAUAAACUAGGAAGACAUGACACCAAUGAAUGGAGAAUUUCUUUCUCUUUGGCAGAACAAAAACUUGUGUAUGCAAUGAACCAUUGCCAGUUCUUAACUUACGGCUUGCUUAAAUUGUUUUUAAAAAGAAUAAUUAACAAUGGAUUAGGUGACGAUGAUGAAUUACUAUGUUCCUAUCACAUGAAAACGGCAGUUUUCUGGGCGAUUCAACAAAGUAUGAUACCUCAUUGGUGUCCACAUACUCUCCUUUACAGUUCCUGGGUUUGUUUUAAACUCAUCCUUAAAUGGGUGUAUGAGGGGGUGUGUCCUAACUUUUUCAUUCCAAGUAACAACAUGUUUCUGAGUAAUAUUUAUGGUGAAGCCCAAAACCUUUUAUUUAUUAGACUGUAUGAGCUGUAUAAGAUGGGUAUAAAACCCAUGAUGGAUACGCUCUCCAUUAUGUCCUGUACUGAAUGUUUAUAUUACCUUCGAAAUUCAAGUCUUUUCCUUUGUGGGGAUGAAGAUUUCCAGUCUUCCGAGGCUGUUUUUGAUAUCAUUCUAUGUAAAGAAUUAAAGGAAAAUGACUCACUACCCGCCUUAAACUACAGAGCUGACAAAAAGUCCUGUCACAUUCUGAAAUUAGCAGCUAAGUUUGGUUGUACUUCAGACAUGCUGUAUAUAGCCAUGUAUUAUUACGAGACAUAUAGAUACAUGGAGGCAUUAUUCCUUAUAGAAGUGAUAAAGGUCAAGCUAUCGCAGCCAUACGUGAUGCACAAUUUUAAUGUCGAUGAGGAGAUGUACACGAAGGUUGUAGGGGGUCAGUCCUGGUCUAGAAAAAUGAGUCAAGCUGUAGCAUGGAAUAUCAAACCAAACAAUAGAAUUCCUUACAUCAGUGAAUUAAUACCAGAACAACAGUGUAGUAAACACAACGAUGUGCCUAUUUUAUAUGUUCCACCCUUCGUUAUGUUAUACAUUCUAGAGGUUUUCUGCUACAUAUAUGUAGACACAAUCAGAGCAAAAACAGCUUUAGAUAAUUUAAGGGCCUUAGUUCACUUUGAUCAGGGACAGCAUAUACCUGCACACACCAAAAACAUAGCCUGGUAUAUAUUGGGGAUUUGUCAACAGAUGACAGGGAAUUUCCAGGAUGCUCUAUACUCAUACCAACAAUCUCUCAGAGAAGAUCAACUCCACAGUAUACAAACUGCAACAAAAAUGAGAAUACACGAAAUCCAUCAUCGGUAUCACUUUACUAGUUGA